CUCAUAGCCAUGUGCUCGUAGCCUUGUGCGGCCGCACCGCGGUUCUGCCUGCCUGGGCAGCCGCGGCCUCGCCAUGGCGGCCGGCCUUCGCUCGCCAGGCCUGGAGGCUCGCGUGGCGUCUGCCAGCGGGGGCCGCCUCCGCAUCCAGGAGACCAAGGACCGCGGGCGUUGCUUGCAGGCAGUGGUUGAUGCGGCUUGUGGGACGCUGUUGGCUGAGGAAGAGCCUCUGGCCCUGGGAUCAUCCGACGGCCUACGUCUUGCAGAGGCUUGCGCUCAGGGCAGCGACUUCGACGCCAGUGAGGACCUCCUGGCCAGCUGCGUCCUGCUGCACGCCGGGGUCGGCGGGGAGCUGGCUCGCAGAGCCACCGCGCAGGAAUUGGAUUGGGCUACUGAUACGGCUGACGCGGAGGACCAGGCCACCUUGCAGCUCCAUGGAUCUCUGCGGGAUGAUUUGCGAGAAGCCGUUGCAAUCGAGGAGAUCUCGGGAUUAGGCGACCGAGGCUUUGAAGAGAUGUUGUUGGGCCAGGCAGUUCACGCUGCUUGGUCGGACCGAGGGACCCAACAUCGGGAUCUGCAGUGACAAUGGUUCGAUAAUGUCUCCCAAUCUCCAGCACGCUUGCGCAAAGGUUCUCUCGCGCUGGAUUUAGACCUGACGGUGGAGAGCUUGAUGGAUGCUUAAGAUCAGACCCCAGUCUUGGAAACCCCGCCACGCCAGCGAAUCCCAUGUCUCGCGGAUCCCCAUGGUUGGCCUUCCUCCUGCGACUCGCAGGGUCCCCCUCCCCAGAGCAAGGUCACCUCUUCAGGGUCCCCGUGGUCGAGUCCCGAACGUCGCAGCGUGGAGGGCGAAAUGCAGUAUGAACGCCGAGACGUGGGCAGAGCUGGCAGAUCUCAAAGCCGUGGGGCUGGGGUGUACUCGGGCUGGUGGGAGUGCGGAGCCCAUGAUGGGCCAGUUUUCCACCACCACUGCCAUGGGUAGGAGAGGGAGGAGGAAGAGGUCG